CGUCUAUUCAUUCUUGGUCUUGGAUUCAUUUCGUUCUCUGUGUAUAAUUUUUUUAUUGUGAGUCAACAAGAUAUCGUGAUUUUCUAAAUAAAAAAGAAUCCUUCGUCUAUAAAUAAUGGAUCUCAACCGACUGCCAAACGACAAGAAAUUGCAGUUGUGCCGAUGGUACUUCAAAGUGGGGUGUGUGUUUCUUCCAUUCGUGUGGGCUGUGAACGCUGUAUGGUUCUUCAAGGAAGCGUUUGUGAAGCCAGCCUUCGAUGAACAGAAGCAGAUCAAGAGAUACGUAAUUAUGUCUGGGGCGGGCGCUGUGGCGUGGUCCGUGGUGCUGGCGGUGUGGGUGGCCAUCUACCAGACGCAGCGCGUGCCCUGGGGCGCCACCGGGGACGCCCUCUCCUUCAUAGUGCCUCUGGGGAGGGCAUAGUGCCAUAGACUAUGGAAUAAUACCACAUAUAGAACGGCAGUAGGCUAGUUCCGACUAGUCAAAUCAGAUACUUUUUACUAAACGUCACAACACGAAACUACUAAGGAAUUUGUAUGAAAAAGCACACUAGAAAAACAUUAUAAAAAAAAAAUAUCAGACUUAUUGUUAAGUUUUUCAUAAAUAAGCUAAAUUGAAAAAAGUUUUUUGGCAGCUUUAGAUCUCUAGAAUAUCAUAAUUUAUCUUUGACCUAAACUACCCUUCUCCACCAGCGGCUGA